AAGAAGAAGAAGAAGAAGAAUUAUUCGAUUCUCGUAGCUCAGAAUCAUAGGAGUUGAUUUAAAGAAGAGAAGGAGGAAUAAAGGAGGAAAGAAGCGUCACAAUGAGAUUGCUAUUAUCCAUUUGUCUGGCGAUAUUAGCGUGUAGUUGGUGCGAUGGCUUGCGAAUUCUUGGCCUAUUUCCAAUAACCGGAAAGAGCCACUGGAUAAUGGAGGAACGGUUGAUGAUAAAAUUGGUGGAACGAGGCCAUCACGUGGACAUUUACACCCACUUCCCCACAAAAAAUCCGCCCAAGAAUUACAAUCAAUAUUCAUUGAAGGGAUCGUUAGAAAUCGCGGUGAAUAAUGUUACAGCGGAUAAUGUAACAAAUUUUGGUAACGUGAAUUUGGCGAUGAUGACCUAUAUGGCGGGUGAUCAAUUGUGCGAUCUAAUGAAACAUCCUUACAUUCAAAAGCUGAUAAAAAAUCCUCCUAAGGAACCAUACGAUCUUAUCGCGACAGAGUUGUUCAUGUCACCAUGCUAUUUGGCAUUCGGUACUUAUCUAAAAACACCUGUGGUCGGUAUGAUCACUUCCAGUUUCAUAGAUUGGAUAAGCCACAAAGUGGGAAAUCCGAUAAAUUUAGCCAUCACGCCCGGUAUAUUCACUUCAUUCACAGAACGGAUGAGUUUCUGGGAAAGAUUGCAGAAUACUUUCAUAACCAACAUGAUCAUGCUGCAGACUGACUACUAUGUAAACAAGCAAAAAGCUUACGUGAAACAAUAUCUUGAUUUAGACGCGGAGAUACCUGAACUGUACAAAAAUCUCGCUCUCAUCCUUGUCAACUCUCAUCACAGUAUAACAGGUGUCACUACCAGAAGUACCGGUGUCAUCGAGGUUGGAGGAUUACAUCUCAAAGAAAACGGAGAUCCUUUGACACCGGAAUUAAAAAAAUGGUUGGACGAAAGUACUCACGGUUGCGUGUAUUUCACGUUCGGCUCGAUGGUGAGAAUCGAGACAUUCCCUAAAUCCCUCGUGGAAACAUUCUACAAAGUUUUCAAGAGGAUCGCGCCUGUUCGAGUAAUGAUGAAAGUCGCGAAAAAAGAGGAUCUACUUCCUGGAUUGCCAAAUAACGUGAUGAUACAACCCUGGUAUCCUCAAGUAUCCGUUCUCAAACACCAAAAUCUCAAAGCGUUCAUCACGCAUGGAGGACUGAUGGGGACGCAGGAAGCGAUCUACUUCGGAAUCCCAUUGGUUGGAAUCCCACUUUUCGGUGAUCAAAACUUGAAUCUUCAAAACAUGGCUAGGAAAAAUGUAGCUGUGAAUCUUGGCUCGUUCCAUAAUAUCACAGAAGAGAACCUGUACCAUGCACUUAAAAAUGUUCUGUACGAUGAAAAAUACAAAUCGAAUAUGCAGAAAUUGUCGGAAUUAUUCAAGGAUAGACCCAUGACCGCUCUUGACACCGCUAUUUAUUGGAUAGAAUAUGUGGCGAGACAUGGAUACAUUCUGCAAUCAUCGGCCAUAGACCUCAACAUGUUUCAACAGAGUCUUUUAGACGUUUAUGGAUUCAUGGUUCUGAGUGUGGUAAUAGUUUUCUCUCUCGUCAUUUUCUUGAUACGAAAAGCGAAAAACUUUGUAUUCGGACAUAAAUCUUGUCCUUUCAAAAAAAAUCAAUCCAAAGAAGAGUCGAAGAAGAUGAAGUGAAUCCUUUUAAAUGUAUAUCUAAGAAUGUACAUUGUGUGUGAAUGUGUAUCGUUUUACAUGUUAUUCACUUUUAUACGCUUAUCUACAUAAAUAUAUUUAUUUAUGUAA